AGAAACCUUAGAAAGUAAAACAAACCAAACCAUGCCGCCCCAAAACAAAGCCAAAACCAAUAAUUGCUCCAACCGAAAUCAAAGUCAAUGCUUCCAAGAAUCACUUAUCUUUCUCUUUUUCGUCUUCUUCACUUCAUGGGUACCACCAAAAUCUCUCCUUUGUCUUUUCCACUUCACUCUCUUUGCACCAAAUCAACUAACAUUAACAAUGAAAUUCAGUCACAUAGCAACAAAACCCACUUCUUAAAUUCCAUGAGAAACCUCUGCAAGUCAGGUAAACUCAACAACAUUGAUAAAGCUUUGAACUUUUUUCAUAUCAUGGCUAAAAUGAACCAUUUACCUUCUGUAGAAGAUUUUACUUUGUUGUUAGGGUUAAUUGUGAAGAUGAAGCAUUACACAACUGCUAUAUCUUUAGUUAAAGAAAUGCAUUCUUCUUUAGGUAUAAAAAUGGAUACUUUUACUCUUAAUGUUGUUAUCAAUUCACUUUGCCAUUUAAAGUUGGUUGCUUUUGGGUUUUCUGUGUUGGGGACUAUGUUUAAACUUGGUUUUGAGCCUUCUGUUGUGACUUUUACUACUCUUGUUAAUGGGCUUUGUGUGAAAGGCGAUGUGGGUCGGGCUGUGGAGUUGGUUGAUCGUAUGGAAAAGAUGGGGUAUCGAUCGGAUGUUAAGGCUUACGGGGUGUUGAUUAAUGGGUUGUGUAAGAUGGGGGAAACUUCUGAAGCUGUUGGGUGGUUAAGGAAGAUGGAAGAAAGAAAUUGGAAGCCUAAUGUGGUGGUUUAUAGUACAGUUAUGGAUGGUCUGUGCAAAGAUGGAUUGGUAUCCGAGGCGUUAGGUUUGUGUUUGGAAAUGAGUAGCAAGGGUAUUCGGCCUAAUCUUGUUACUUACACGUGCUUGAUUCAAGGUCUUUGUAAUUUCGGAAGUUGGAAAGAGGCUGGUUUGUUGUUGGAUGAGAUGAUGAAAACUGGAACAAUGCCGGAUUUGCAAACACUUAACAUUUUAGUGGAUGUUUUAUGCAAAGAAGGUAAAAUUAUGCAGGCGAAAAGUGUGAUUGGUUUUAUGAUUUUGACCGGGGAAGCGCCAGAUGUCUUUACCUAUAAUUCUUUGAUUGAUAGAUAUUGUUUGCAAAAUCAAAUGAAUGAGGCCACAAGAGUAUUUGAACUAAUGGUUAGUAGGGGAUGUUUACCAGACAUUGUAGCUUAUACUUCACUCAUUCAUGGAUGGUGUAAGAUUAAGAACAUUAAUAAGGCUAUGCAACUCUUGGAUGAAAUGGUUAAGGUUGGAUUCACUCCUGAUGUUGUCACAUGGACCACUCUCAUCAGCGGGUUUUGUCAAGCUGGUAGACCAUUAGCUGCAAAAGAACUCUUUUUAAAUAUGGGCAAAUACGGUCAAGUUCCCAAUCUUCAAACUUGUGCCGUUAUAUUGGAUGGACUGUGUAAAGGCCAACUUCUUUCCGAGGCAUUAUCGUUGUUUCACGCAAUGGAGAAGAGUAAAUUAGACCUUAAUAUUGUGAUUUAUAGUAUUAUACUUGACGGAAUGUGCGGCGCUGGAAAACUGAAUGAUGCUUGGGAACUUUUUUCUUCGUUGCCUUCUAAAGGUUUGCAAACUAAUGUUUAUGCAUAUACCAUUAUGAUUAAUGGUUUCUCUAAACAAGGACUGUUCGAUAAAGCUGAAUACUUGCUAACGAAUAUGGAAGAGAAUGGCUGCAUGCCUGGUAGCUGCACUUACAAUGUCUUUGUCCAAGGCUUGCUAAUGAAAAAAGAGACUGCAAGGUCAAUAAAAUACCUUGCAAUGAUGAGAGACAAAGGUUUUUCUGUAGAUGCUACCACCACAGAAAUGAUUAUCAACUAUUUAUCCACUAAUGAAGGAGACAUUAGAUUUCAAGAAUUUUUGUUUCCAAAAUAAUAGCACAUUUUUCAAGAGUUUCAUUAGAUGUGUUUAUUUUGAAUGCAGCCUUUCAGUUCAUCCAUCUUCUCUGAUCCAAAUAUGAGAACCAGCAUAGGCUUCAAAACUAACAUUUAACUAAAAAAAUUCAAGUGUUACCAUUCAAGUGCUUCCGCCUGGCAAUUGAUGUGAUCAAAAGAGUUGGCCUUUAACUGAGUUGCUCCUUGACAUUUAGUGAUUAAAAUUACACUAUAUGCAGUAUGCACUUGUUAGUUACAUCCCGCCUGAUGGAAAACCAUAAAGAAUUUUUCGGAAGGUUGCAGAGUGAGUUAUUUAUCAUUCACACAAGUCAUACUACAAUCUUAGCUGUAGAUUGUAUGGAGGGAAUGGCUAGAACGGUUCCACAUCCAGCAGUGGUACUAAUAAGGAGCACAAACCGUUAAGUGUUAACGUGGAGUUUGUCGUCUAGUUCUUGUAUUGUAUCUGUAGCCAAACCAUUCAAUUUUUCCGUCACUUCUCUUAUUAAGUACAGGCAAAUUGUAAAGUUUACUUUUUUACAUAUAGCCUUACAGUUAAUACUCCGUGGUCUUGCUUCGAUGCAAAGCUAGAGAGAGCGGUUCACGUGUGGCCAGGACCUGUAUGAAAAUCAUUGACAGUGGACUGGACCUGGUUUUAGCAUUUAACUAAACCAUUGACAGUGGACAGUAUGAAGAGUAUGAAAUCAUUGACAUUGGAAAUCCCUGAAGUAUAUGGAGGUUAGCUAAAUGCUAGCGCGAAUCAUGACUCACGAGUUAUAUACAAUAAAUCAACCCUAUUUGACUGAUUCGUUCUUCCUAGGGAACGGCAACAGUUCAUGAUCUGAGAGGCAUCCAUCAAUUUCUUGUCGGCAAAUGUGGAGAUUACUUUUAUUGUGCUAAAAAUGGAGACAAAUUGGAGGAUAGAUGAUUUUCUUCCCUUUUUCUGUGUUGUACAAAUAGUAUUUUUUGGCAAUAAUCUAUUUUUUGUAUAUGUAUGAACUUGUUGCAUAAGAUCAAGAUAUUUUCUUCAUUCUUUUGUUACUUCAAAGCAAAGGGAUAUAUU